AAAAGUAAAAACAAAACAAAUCGGCAAAGAUGGAGGCAGGGCUCUAGCUAAUUGAAAAGAUCGAACUGAAUUGCCGUUGUUCGUCGUUUUGCUCGUCGGUCAAAUCAGUUGAAACUGAAACGUCGUCGCUAGUGGAGCGCGUGUCCCACUCGGAAGCGGGUACAGAAAUAGCCACAAGGCAGGGUGAACAUCAAACGACAUUGGCAUUCAAGUGUGUAAUUUUUGUCGCGUUGCACUAAUUGCCGUCCACAUUUUCCAUUCCAUACUUCGCGUUGUCAUUCAACUUACGCUUGCGUACAUCAAUGCUAAAGAGGCCAAUUGGGUCAAGUGCUCUCAAUUGAAAGUGUCAGUUGGCUACGAAAUAGAGUCAACAUGUGGCACAUGGUGUGGCUGCUAUUGCUGUGGCCAGUUGCAACCAGAUCGGAAAUUAUUUGCGGCUCCCUGGAGCUUCGCAGCAUCGCGGAUUUCGAUCAACUGCGCAACUGCAGCGUUGUAGUGGGUCAUGUGCACAUUGCGAACCUCCAGCUGCCCAGCAAUGUAAGCCUCACCGAGCUGAGCAGCGAGCUAACAGAGAUCACUGACUAUUUGCUGAUUUAUCGCUCCACCGGGCUGCUCACACUGGAGACCAUCUUCCCUAAGCUGCGCCUAAUACGCGGCAGGCAGCUCCUUAUGAAUCUGUAUGCACUCAUCGUCUACGAGAAUCGCAAUUUACGGGAGCUGGGUCUGGUGCAGCUGCAGCGCAUCCAAGACGGUCAUAUUCGGGUCGAGAGUAAUCCUAUGCUGUGCUUCGUACAUACCGUCGACUGGGUCUACCUGGCUGGCAAUGCUACCAAACAGCAUUUCUAUAUCAAACUCAACAAGUCGCCGAACCAUUGUCCUGUAUGUGGCGGCCUCUCUGCUGAUUAUUCGAUCAAUUACAAUUACACGAGGCAUUGCUGGAAUAUGCACGUGGCCCAGGUGCGCUUCGCCCCGCCCCAAACUGAAAAGUGCGCCAAGAGUUGUGGUCGAAAUGGCUGUGAUGACAAAGGGAAUUGUUGCCAGCACAGCUGCAUUACGGGCUGCUCGGCUCAGAGCUGCACGCUCUGUGGCAAUUAUCUUCGGAAUGGCCGCUGUGUGGAUCAGUGCAUUGCCAGCUAUGAGCUACACAAGAGGCACUGCAUCUCCUAUAAGGAAUGUCGCCAGCUUAAUCUAAUUCCAUUGACGCGCGGCUAUCGCUGCAUGGAUCAUUGUCCCAAUAACCACAAGCCCGUAAUUGAUGCCAAUGGAACGCUCCAGUGCCAGCUGGAGUGCAAGGGGACAUUCCAUAUUAAGCGAAUGGCAGAUCUAGAGCAACUGCAAGACUGUGUGACCAUCAAUGGAUCCCUGGUUAUAGAGCUAGUGGAUAUCAAGGAAAAAAUUGUAUCUGCUCUAGAGCAGGCCAUGGGCAGCAUUAAGGAGAUUACCGGCUACCUAAAGGUUAUACACUCAGCACAGCUUAUGUCCUUGACCUUCCUCAGUAACUUGGAUACCAUACGUGGCGAUCAGCUAAUAGAAAACAAAUAUGCUCUAUAUGUUGUAAACAAUUACCACAUGGAACAUAUUUGGCCAGCCAAUCGUCAGGUGGCCAUUCAACGUGGCACAAUAUUCUUUCACUUGAAUCCACGAUUAUGCUUUGAAAAAAUCCAAAAAUUGCAGUCCUCUCUAAAGAGUGUCAGGACGAUAUCGAUAGCUGAUGUAUCGCCCAACUCAAACGGCGAGCGUGUGAUAUGUGGGGAUUCGGUGCGGACUCUGAACGUUAAAGUUGAGGACGUCAAUUCAACGGCUGUUCGCAUUGUGAUAGACUUUAUGAAAUCUGAGGAUGUGGAAAUACUCAUAGGCUACUCCUAUCACUAUAUGGAAGCGCCGCAGCGUAAUGUAACCAAGUACGACGGACGACACGGCUGUGGACAUGACGAUUGGCUAAUGGAUGUCUCUCCAAGCAAGAAUCGCCGUCAUGUCAUCUCCAAACUGAAGCCCUAUACACAGUAUGCAUAUUUUGUGAAGACCUUAACUCGCACCGAUUACCACAUGCAGGUUGAUGCAUACUCAAAGAUUCUCUACUUUCGCACGCUUCCCAGCAAGCCGAGUCCAGUGAGCCAGCUGCAUGGGAGCUCGGACCACAGUACGCAGAUUAUGGUCUACUGGUGGCCCCCACUUCGGCCCAACGGCAUCAUAUCAAAAUACAUUGUCAACAUUGAGUUGCACAAUCUAACCGAGGCAGAGGCCAGCACAAAGAACUAUUCCACCUUUAAGACAUGCGACACCUGCGAGCUAGACUGCGUCUGCAAUGAUCUGGAGCCGUACAAUUCGGGACCCCAGCCGGAGGAUGAGCACUACUACAACAAGGAGCAGAUAACAUAUGAGGAUGCGCUGCCAAAUCUGAUAUAUGUUUCACGUCGCAAACUGCAAACGAAGAAGGAAAGGUUCGACAAGGUUAAAAGCUUUGAGGACCUUCUCGCUGGGCCCUCGCUAGUAGCAUAUGACAACAGCACGAGUACAACGACUCCUGCACCUCCGCUCGUCGACAACAACUCGACUUUAAGUGCCAACAAUCAGUCUACGGCAAACCAGAACGAAACAGUUUCCCAGGAAGAAACUGACGCGGCCAAGCAAUAUGAAAUAUUUCGCAAAUACAUCGAGGACAGAAUGCGACAGUUGCAGGACACAAACAAAUCCGACUUUAUCAUUCAGCAUGCGAUGCCCAAGUGCCAGGAUGCCCAUGCAUCUGUGGGCUAUCGACUGGAGCAGAAAUGCGUCGUCGAGGAAGAGCCAAUUGGCACCAGCUUACCUGGUAGUCAGCAUUAUUUCAAUGCGACCGGCCUGCAGGCCAGUAAAUACUAUCGCAUAACGGUGCGAGCAUGUGUCGACGGGGUCAUCAACGGUUGCUCGAACCCAGCCGAGAUGAUACUAAAGACCAUCAGCGAGCAGGUGGACCAGUUUAUGAAUGGCCAAUAAACGCAUUGACACAUACUCAAAACCAAUGUAUAUAAAGACAGCAAUGGCAUCACAGCUUGUUAUAGCUUUAGGUUUUAUGCAAGUUUUAACGUUUAGUCUGUUUGCUCAGAUCGAAGAGAUUUUAGAUGUUUAGUAUCUAGAUAUAAUUGUUUCGUCGGUUGCUUGGUGAGGUAAUCGCG